AUGGACGGAUACUUUGAAAUGGAGUUAACCCGCCCGGGAGACGACAUUUUCCGGGCGAAUAAAGUUGAACGCGGCAAAGCAGAAACUCCGGGAAGUUGCGAUACCAGUUUGUAUCGUUGCCAACUUUAUCCGGGGGAUGGAAGUCGCGGUUAUUUCGGAAACAAUAUCACGAAUCGUCCGCAUUGGUCUCUGACACGUCGCCCAAGAGGCGAACAAAACUCAAAGACAGGAACUGCGGAACUGCGGAAGUUUCGAUUCGACGAAACCCGAGAACGAUGGCAGUUGAUCGGACAGCUAACGAGAAAACAAAGGGGGAUGGAUUCUUCUCUGGGAAGAAGGCGAAAGGAGUAGCCCGGAGAAUAUCGGGAUGGUGGGUCGGGCAGAUGGGUAGAUAGGUAGCUACACCUGAAGUACACACUCCAAG